AUUUUAUGAUUUAUUUAUAGGUCCAUACGAAGAAAAGAAACAAAUUGAGUCAAAAGAAAAUGAAUGAUUUAGUGUACAUCAUGUACAAUUCAAAGUUGAAAGAUAAAAAGUUUCGAAAUAUUGAGAUCGAUGUCGAAGAAGUAAAUUCGGACGAUGAAUGGAUUACGGAAAGAGGUGGAGAUGUUGAAGAUGAUGUUGUUGAGAUGGAUGGAGAUGAGGGAGGGGAAGAUGACACUCAUGGCUUUUUUGAUGAUGGUAAUUCUCUUGAUGAGAGUGAUGCUAGUGAGCAAGAUGUGGAUGAAGAUGAAGAUGAAGAAAGGGAAAGAAGUAUGGAGAUGGUUGAGGAAGAUGAAAGUGAUGAUAAUGAGAGUGGGAGUGACGAUGGACUUGAUCCUAAUGUCAACCUUGAAGAUUUAAGCUAGUAAUUUAGAUUUUAAUUUAUGUUCAAUUUAUGUUAGACUAUGUUUAAUUUAUGUUAAGACAUGUUUUGUUAAUGUUUGGAUGUUUUAUAUUUGUUUGGACUUAUUUUAUUUGUGAUA